AAAUACCUGAAGUGCCUGACGCUUACCUCAGCACCACUAACUUAUCCUAUCGGCAUCCGAUCUUAUCGCCUCACAUCCGAAAGGAAAUGCGCCAGACCCGCCGCAUCUGUCGGAUAACAACCUUCUUUGCGGGGUUGGUCUUGAUUUACACAAUGACCUCUAAGUCCUUCUUAUUAUUAUUUGCCAUCAAUUGGCAAAGAGGCCCACUACACCUCCUACAGGUGCCGAUCCGCCACACAUACAGACAUCGGACGCUUCCUCGGAGUUGACCCGGAGAACACCAUAACCGUUGAAGUACCCUUCUAUCUUCCGAAGAAAAAUAUAGAGCUCAGUCACUUAUAUAGCUUUCUCCACACCUCUUGUCGUGAAUUGAUCAUAACUCUUUGCAAACAAAGUCCUCUCUAUAUCCAUCCUUUUUUAUCCCGUGUAGAUAUCCUUUUGCGAACGCCUUCACGUGAACCAUCGGCAAACCAGACAUGGGGAGUGUGUAUUCACCUGUCCGUGAGACGGGGCGUAUCUUUUCCUACCUCUGUGAUCAAUCCGAGCGUCUCAAUCUUCCUUCGGAGGUAGUGGAAAGCAAGAAUGCGGUAUCUUUCGACUCUUCUCAUGAUGAGGUUUACUAUCCCAUUCCUUUCAAAGAGACAGAAACUCUGGCUGCCUUGAAAGGUGUCGAAGGAUCCGUGGCAGCCGCAAUUGCGAACCUGCGCUAUGGAUCUCAAAAGCGCGUUGUGAAGGUUAACCUUGAGCGAGCUACAGCUUUUGGUUGCCAGGCAUACAUGGCAAAAGUGGACGGACUGUCUAAGCUGGACCCGGAGGUCAAAAAGAGGUUGAAAGAUACCGAUUUGCUUGCGGCACAGUCUAAUGGUUACCGUCGGAUGUCUGCAAAUCUGUACAAAACUAAGAACGAGGGUGAAUACUUCCAUAUCCAUGGCUCCCUCGAGGCCACGACGACGCUGAAUAUGAUUGGAUUGGAUGGUCACCGUCCGGAUCUGAUGGACUACGAAGAGAUUAUCAAAGUCAUUGAGAGCCACGUGCAGAAAUACACAGCCGCAGAGUUAGAAGAGAUGAAUAAGGAGAGAAAGCAAGCUGGUGUGACAGCAUUUAAAUACGAAGACUUUAUCAAAACCCCUCACGGUGAACUUAACGUCCAACAACCCCCAUGGAAGGUGUCCCGCCUUAAGGGUGACCUGCCGCCCACACCCUUUCCCACCAGUCGCCCGGGGAGCAAGAAGAUUCUUGAAGGAAUUAAAGUCUUGGAGCUCUGCCGCAUCAUUGCCGGCCCCACUGUUGCACGCAUCUUGACCGAGUACGGAGCAGAUGUUUUGAAGAUCACCAGUCCGAGCCUCUCUGAUGUGCCAUUCUUCCAAGUGGAUGGUAACAUGGGCAAGCACGCUGCGGAUUUGGACCUGAAAGCGGAAGAAGGACGGCGCCAGUUUGAAGAGCUUUUGGCUGAUGCAGAUGUGGUUGUGGACGGAUACCGCCCAGGGGCCAUUGAAAAACUGGGCUAUGGCCCUGAAGCUCUCUCCUCACUGGCAGAGAAACGCGGAAAGGGAAUCGUGUACGUGAACGAGAAUUGCUUCGGGUAUGAGGGAGAAUGGGCCGGCCGCGCAGGCUGGCAACAGAUUGCGGACUGCGUGACCGGUGUUGCCUGGGCACAAGGACAAUUCAUGGGACUCUCGAACCCCGUGGUUCCCCCCUUCCCUAUUUCAGACUAUGGCACUGGUUGCAUGGGUGCCAUUGCAGCAUUGACUGGACUCUAUCACAGAGCGAAAACUGGCGGCUCCUACCAUGGGAAAGCGUCCCUGAUGCACUACGAUCUACUGCUCUUCGCUGUAGGAAAAUACUCCGAGGAGGUACAGGAGAAAAUGCGAGCUGCGCAGCCCCCAGAAUUCUUCAAACUGAGACACUGUGACAGCGUGGAUCGCAUCUCUUCGACUGUUCUGAAGAUCAUGCAGGCCCGGUUCCCUCAUCUCUAUGUGGCCGCCGAUAGUGCCUCGGGACAAGAGGCGCUCACAGAGAAAUGGUACUCCAAGGCUUACAGCGCGGAUAUUGAGGUUGUCCGACCAAUCUGUGAAAUUGAUGGUGUCGAGAACAAAUUUGAGAGGGCUUCCCGGCCCAACGGAACCGACCGGGCCAGCUGGGAGGAUUUCAGAGAGGUCGAAGAAGAUCACAAGAAGGCUUAAUUGUUCCAGACUGUAUAUACAACUGUAUAA